CCCUCCAGUAUGCCAGAGGAGUACCGCACAACCUUGGUUCAAGUGUUUGCUUCCCUCAAGCAGAGAGUCUUAUGGAAGUGGGAUCAGGACACCAUGGAUGACCUACCACCAAAUGUCCGUCUUGGCAAGUGGCUCCCACAACAAGAUAUUCUUGGUGAUCCUCGCUUGCGUUUGUUCAUCACACACGGUGGGUUGCUGAGCACCUUGGAGUCCAUGUAGCACGGUGUGGCGGUGCUGGGAAUACCUGUGUUUGCUGACCAGUAUUCCAACAUGAACACUGCUCAGAGGGACGGCUGGGGCAGAGUUCUUCUCUGGCAACAACUUACUUUUGAUAAUCUCAAGAAUGCGAUCAGCAUCAUCAUGAAUGAUAAGAGCAUGAGAGCUGAAGUAGCAAGAAGGUCCAAAGUUAUGAAGGAUCGUCCACAAGAACCAGCAGAUGUGGCCGUCUACUGGACCAAAUAUGUUAUACGGCACAAGGGAGCCCCACAUCUCCGCUGUCCUGCGUCCACCAUGACUUGGUCAGUACCGCUCAGCAAUGAUGAAAUAUAA